AGAUAAAAAUACUAAGUAAAGUGUGAAAGUAAUAUUACUACCCUGUUUUACAUGAAAAUUAUGUCACGUUUAAAUAUUGUAAAGCGUUUUAUUAAUGCUGUAACAUUGACAACAGAAAAGUAAAAAAGUAUGGAGAUUACUCUAUCAUUUUUAUUUGUUUUGUCUUCCUAUGAAAAAGCGACCCGCGAUACUACUUUCUUUACAAAAUAUUAUCAAUAGAAAUGGUUUCCUACUUUACAAUAGACGCUACCGGGGAAGUAGCCAACUUCCAGAAGGAGAUAUCGAACAUGAUGCAUGGUUUUGGAGACAACCCUAACCCCAACGCCGCAACCGUUGUUUUGGUUGAAAGUAUUGUUUUACAGCAACUCAGAACAAUGUUGCAAGAGGCAUUACACUAUUGUAAUCUGCGUGGAAGUAAGUCAAUAACUAAUUACGAGCUAAUUUAUCUCAUGCGACACAAUUUGAUAAAACUUAAACGUUUACAUGACUAUCAGUUAAAAUUGGAUUUGAUUGACAAAAAAUGUCAAAUGAAUAUUACUACGCCGACUGAUAGCGUCAUAUCGAAUAUCAUACUUGAGGAUGAGAAAGAUCCAAUGAUAAAAAAACGUCGGACGCACAUUGAUGUGAUAAAAUCUUUAGACGAAGCAGAUGAGGUUGGUCAAAUAAGGUUUGAUGCUAUCGAUUAUUUGCGAAAAGUAAGAGCUGCUAAAAUUACUGAGUCAAUGUCUUUCGAGAAGUAUGAAGCUUACCAUAAAGCUAGAUGCAGUUCUUUCCGCUCAGGUUAUGGUCUUGGCAAAGGUUUCAUUAAGUUGGAACGAUGGGUCAACCCAACUAAGGAGUUGAAGCUCUCUCAAUCAGCAUUAGAAGUCCUAUGCUUUAUAGCAUACGAAACUGUCGCAGAGAUUGUUGAUGCGGUGUUCCUAAUUCGUCAAGAUGCUAAGAAGAAAUAUGGAGAUCCAUUUAGCAAGUUUGAAGGGGGAUACUUCUGUAAUCCAGUUAGCUUGAGUAAUGCUGUCUAUAUCAAGUCAGGGUAUGAAGGAGUUCCAGCCAUAACAGUAGCUGAAGUGCGAGAAGUACUCAGGAGAUAUUUUUCCCCAAGAACAGGGAUGAACGGACUGUUUUAUAGGAAUAUGGGUAUUGAUUUACCUAUCCGUUACAUUGCAUUGUAAGAAAUAUGUCUCAAGAAUUUUAAGUUUUUCUGUAUCAAACAGACAUUAGACCAGGAACUUAUAGCCAUAUUAUUUAAUACUGUUUUGAAGUUUAAUAACGUUCUAUAAUCAUAUAUAAAAAGUUGUGUUACUUUGUAUCAAAACCAUAUAAAAUAUACUAUUAUCUAGUUUAUAGACAAGAGAAUGGACUAUUUGUAGAAAAUGACUGAAUAAGUAUUACAUUGUUAGUGAUCAUAACUGUAAAAGAGAUUGAACUAGUAAUCAUUUCUUAUUAUUUUUAUUAGUUAUAUUCAUAAAAGAAAUAAAAAUGUUUUUAUAUUGUAUAUUCUCCAUAAACUUACAUGACAGGUUUCAUAGUUAUGUAUCAAAUAUUGUACUACUUUAUAAUUUUAAUAAUAUUUAUAUUUCAUUCAGAUGGCAAGCAUUGGAUCGGUAAGUUGGUGCAUUGGUAAGUGAACACCUCAAUUGAAAUACAUACAAAAUAUAUUCAGUAAACCGACUUCUGACACUUCUAUGUAGGGUCUUGAACUUGUUAAUUAUAUUUAUUGUUUUAUAUUUCGUUUCAUGUCUUCCAAGUAUACAAAUUUGUAAGUUACUGGUCUAUAAAACAAAUAUGGUUAUUAGUUCAAAUGGAACUGUUUUGUAUUAUUAGUUUAAGGGCCUUUUCACAAUGUUGAAACUUUAAAGAAAUAUCAUUUAGAUAACUAAUUAUUUCUCAUUUAAUUACUUAUAGUAGUUCUUAUUGUGACUUGGUAUUUGUUUUUUUUAUAAGUGCAAAGUGACCACACUGCCCUUAAUGGUAAGUGGUGUGGCACUACCGCUUGACUAUUAAGCCAACCUGUUGGAACUUGAUGUAUACAGGCUGAUCGCGGACUGCUUAACAGUUGACACAAUUAAGCCAACCUGUUGGAACUUGAUGUAUACAGGUUGAUCGCGGUACGCGUCACAGUGGGCGACUAUGGCGGGUUUUAACACCUUGUGGAUAUAAAAUAUAUCCUACCACUAGCAAAUGAUCAUUAAUCCUUACUCAAAUGUGGAAAUGGAGCUGUUUUUUUCCUAGUUAUUAACAAUAUUUUAUAGUUAAAUAAGUAACAAACCUCUUAUAUAACAAGACUGUUUAUUAGUUUAUAGGCAUUAAUAGAAUUAUGUUGUACCUACACUUUAAAUACAACCUAAACAUCACUCAUGCAGGAUUGUAUUCAGUUUGGUUGAAGAGAGGGCUUAUAAAGAAAUUAACAUUAGCAAUAAUUAAGAUGAUAAGAGUGAAAUAAAGUCAAUAGCAACAAAUUAUUUGUUUCACAUUCUUUGCUUUAGAAUACAGGAAAAAUUGAAGUUUUUUAUGAAAUGGUCUUAUUUCCAAAAGAAAAGGCCUAAAAUUAAUGGCAUAUUGAUUUUUCAGAGGCUUGUUAAUUUCAAGUUUGUUUGUCUUUUGUAGUUUGUAGAUUAUAUUGUCACAUUUUUUCCCAGUGACAUCUAAAGUUUUGUUUUUGAUUAAUAAACUUAUUAUUAUAAAGAG